UAAUGCCGCUGCCCUUAAAGCCAUGCUACGAGCUCCACAAACUGAAUAAUGACACAAAAUAUUAAUAAGGGGAGACUCAGCUCUUCAGUUUAUCAUUGCGCGACAAAUUUCUGAGCAGCUUCUCCGACACACCCUGCUGUGGUUCUCUGAUAACCCCCCAUGACCUACAGUAAGCCUGUAUAAAUACGCCUGUUUGCUCACUCGCUGUAUCAUUAAAGAGAGCGUUCAUUCGCCCCAUAUGGCAUCAAUGCGUAUUCUCAGGUGGUCCAGGUUUUUUCCUCUGGGCUGUGACUGAGGCAUCACUGUCUCGCUGAUAACAUGGAGCAGCUUAAUGUUUAGCCCAACAUCCACACAGACAAACAUGCACACACACUAGGAAGUAAUAGGAUUACAACGGUACAGAGACCCAUAUGCUGCCCAGGGAUGCAGGUGAGACAGCUGAAUACGACGGGAACGCAAGGUAGAAGUGACCCAGCAGAUCAGCUUGGCAGCAGCUCAAGCCGGCCUCUGUCUGCUCUGGCCCGUCUCUACAUGUAUGCGCUGCAUGGCUGCCUCUGUGAGCUGGCCUUCACUGCUGCAUGGGACUGGUGCGGCACCCGGGAUUGGAGGUUGGCAGGUCAUAGCAGCCUGUGGGCGCUGCCUAUGUACGCCACAGCUCUCUACCUCAUGGAGAGCCUUCGGGCCCGUCUGCUGACCCGGCAUCAGCCGCUGCCUGUGCGUCUCAUGGCCUACACCGUCUUCAUCUACGUGUGGGAGUUCAGCUGGGGUACAGGCCUGAGGCUGCUGGGGGCUUGUCCCUGGGACUACUCAGGCUAUAGGUUCAACCUGCGAGGACUAGUGACUUUGGAAUAUGCCCUGCCCUGGGCCGUGGCAGCGUUUAUAGCAGAACAGCAUGUGAUCAGGAACACUCUAAGGAUACGAUUGGACAACUAAGCAUUCAUGAGUGUGGAACCAGCCACUAAAUAUUUAUGGUCAUUGUUAAAGGGACCCUGGGAUUUUAUGAGGUUUGAUUUCUUUAUAAAAUGUUGGUACCUGAUCUGUGUCAUUACAAAUAUUAAAAAAGUAUGUACUGUAAGCUGUAAAAGACUGAUAAUGCUUUAGUUUGUUAUGGUUUUAUUUGGGAAUAAACUCAGAUGUGUCCUCAA